CAGGCGAGAUAGAUACUUUUUACAUUAUAAUGAUCAUGGAUUUUCAAACCUGAUAUCCUUUACUACAACUAUCAGGAUCAACGACAAUCACUGAACACGCGCGUUACAUGCGCUACAUGUCAACUUGCUCUUUGAAUGUAAUCUCAUUGUAUCCAUUGCAAGAUUAUACAGCGCUCUGACUGGAAUCAGCAUGGAUCAUUUACAUGGACUCGCCUUCGGUCGGCUGCCGGCCCUCGAGGCCUCAUUCUGUGUUCAUGGAGUUACGAAUUGCGAAGGCGUAGGUGCCAUUCUCUCAACACAGCAUGACGCAGAAACGGAUAGAGCCGAGAGAAUGGUAUGACGACCCAGCGCCAGCCCCUAUUUUGUCGAAUAACUUGUCUCCUUUACGAUGGCCACCAUAGCCUUCAAUGACAGCUCCGACCCACCUCCAUCGUAUGAUGUGUCCGUGUCAAAAGAUUCCAUCCGGUCUAAACAAUCCGUAUUUUCAUUCAUACAAUCCAAGCACAAAGCUUCUGUUCUAUCUCUCAUCCAUCAAAUUGUCUCUUCUCCUGGUUUCGGUGUUGCCUCUGUCGCCCCGAUUAUCAAAUCCUGCGCUGCUGCUCUCCCAGCGGCAAAGUUCUCAAAGCUGCUCCAAAAACGCAAUAUCGAGAACCACACGGCGCUGUAUUGGGCGAUUGUAAACAACCGGCGAGAAGCCCUUCUGGAGUUUGUUAAAUUCAUUCCAAAAUUCUCACGUGCUUGUUCUGCCGACUUGCGUCUUGCAUGUAUGGCAGCGAACGACCAUGAUUCAUUUAUGCUACUGCAUUUGGGAGACAAUGAUGUUGAUUCCAAGGAUAGGUCUUUGAGACGCAUGUUGGGUUGUCCGCUAGAUGAUAUUCAAGUCCGUGAAGGGGAUACCCUGAACGUGGGAAGUAACAUCUUCUUUGUCCAUUUUGUCUUCAGGAUGUUCCAGAAGCGUCUGCGUACUGCACGGAAAUUGGAAGUAGAAUUUGUUGCCCAGGGACGUAUAUGGAUGUUACGCUUUGGUAUGAAUAUGCUGACAGGGGAUUGGUUUGUUGAGCUUGGUAUUUCUCGGGAUAGCUCGGCAGUGCGCCCAAAUGCUGUACUUGACAUUCAGGCCAACAAACUGUCACCUGGCUCCGAUAUUAUGCAACCUCUACACCUCUAUAUGCGUACAUCGCACAUUCUUUUACCUGGGGGAGUAUGUAAACAUUACAUGACUGGGCCCGACACCACACCCGCAGUUUCCUGGCAAUUGAGUGAUUGGCCAAUGCACGCUAAUACUGCUUAUGUGGACUGCAAUGGCACCCUAACUGCAGAGCUUACGAUGACAAUAAAGCCGCGCUACCCUCGCCGAGGCUGAUGCUGAUAGUAGGGAUACCCUCCAAUAGAUCGCGAGGUGUUUUAGGAAAGUCAAUACACAUGGCGCGUGCACAUUUAUUACAUAACGCCGAUAAGUAAUAUGUCAAUAUGAACGCUAAUAAGAAUGUUUUGUGAAAUAA